GGAGCUGAUGGUCCUCUCUCAUCAUCAGAACGGCUUUCCUGCACUGAGGAGGACUUCAUGCGGAGGGGGAGGCGCCCAAGCGAGGCGAGCGGCACGACGGCUUCCUGAAUUUAACAAUUAACCUUGAUGAGCACGGAUUGGUUUCACUUAACAGGCGCAGGUGCGUGUGGUUUGCGAAACGGCGCAGCUGAGCGAUUCCACGUUUGUGACUGAACACUGGCGCAUUUUAUGCAAAACACAGAAACUAUAGGCUGCCACGGAUAGAUAAUAGCUAUUGCUUUCCCCCCCCUUUUUUUUUACGGGACAGGAUGCGGGUUGCAAUAGGAGCCCAUUCGACAUACGUUCUGUUGCAGAAUCCGAAUUCAGGAGCACCACUAAACUGAUUUGGAGACAUAUCGGAAUUUGACCGCCUUGUCAUUGCUCAGUCACCAGUCCCGGGCAGCUGAAAGACAUCUUCUCAGCAGCGGAGACAAGAAGGGGAAAAACUGUCCGCUUCACUACUCUCCAUCUGCACACUGGACGACUUGAAAUGAGGGUCACAUCCCGGUUGUGUUCCGUGUGAAGAGGCAAGCGUGGUGGCAGUUUCUUCGGCUCAAGGACGCAAAAAGUGGCCGCCGGCCGAGCUGCAAAGCAUGGAGCAGCACGACACCGACAACGUGAGCCCCUCCAAAAAGACAAUAAUUGCGAAGAUUUUUAAAGUUCGCAAGAGGAGGGAGAUGUUAUUCGUGCAGGUCUGCUUUAUCUGCAGUGUCCUGUUCGUAGCGUGGACCAUGUCGGCGCUACUGACCAAGACAGGCCAUGGGAUGAUUUUGGAGGGACAUCCGGACUAUGAACACUGGGGGAGACGGCUAAUGGCUUCAGUACCAGAAAACGAAACGGAGCAGAAGAACUGUUCGGCACCAGCAAUACACGAGUUCCCCGAUGACCUUUUCACCAACAAUGAACGGAAGAGUGGAGCCAUUCUGCUGCACAUUGUGGCGGCUCUUUACAUGUUUUUGGCCCUCGCUAUAACAUGUGAUGAAUACUUUGUGACAUCGCUGGAGAAGAUCUGUGAGAAACUAGAUCUAAGUGAAGAUGUCGCAGGAGCCACCUUCAUGGCAGCUGGCAGUUCUGCACCAGAGCUUUUUGCAUCUGUCAUCGGUGUCUUCAUCACCCACGGUGAUGUGGGGGUGGGGACCAUCGUUGGCUCAGCAGUCUUCAACAUCCUGUGCAUCAUUGGUGUCUGUGGGAUCUUUGCUGGACAGGUGGUGAUGCUGACGUGGUGGGCUGUUUUCAGGGAUUCCUUCUAUUACAUCCUGUCUGUUGUGGCUUUGAUUGCAUUCAUCUAUGAUGACAGGAUAGUUUGGUGGGAGAGUUUGGUGCUGGUGGUCAUGUACGCAGGAUACAUCCUGGUCAUGAAAUUCAACUCCAGCAUGCAGAAGUUUUUCAUGGGAAAGAAAAAAAAUGUGGCGAAUGGCAACGCUGCGGCCAGCAGCGAGAUGGAGGACGUCAAGCCUACCAAAGCUUACAGCCGUGGCUCUGUGGUGAUGGUGGAUGAGAUCAUAAAUGCCAGCCCUUCAAAGUUCAGGUUUCCAGAGGCUGGCCUCCGUGUCAUGGUCACCAGCCAUUUUGGACCAAAGACCCGCCUGCGCAUGGCCAGUCGCCUCAUCAUAACAGAGCGCCAGAAGUUGGUGCAAGCCGCCAAUGGUGUGGAGACACAAGUGAUCGACGGGAAGGUUGAAAUCGAGAAUGGAAACGUGCCAGAGGACAAACCCAGUGAGGUGGAGGACAAUGACACCAUCUCACCGUUUCAUAUUCCAAGGGGGAUUGGCAGUAAGGUAAAGUGGCUCCUCUCAUGGCCUCUGCUCCUGCUGCUGUACUUUACGGUCCCAAACUGUGCCAAGCCUCGCUGGGAGAAAUACUUCAUGCUCUCUUUCAUCCUGUCCACUGUCUGGAUUGCCGUCUUCUCCUACUUCAUGGUCUGGAUGGUGACAAUAAUCGGCUAUACUCUGGGAAUUCCGGAUGUCAUCAUGGGCAUCACUUUCCUGGCAGCUGGGACCAGUGUCCCAGAUUGCAUAGCCAGUCUCAUUGUGGCUCGGCAAGGUUUGGGAGACAUGGCAGUGUCCAAUACCAUUGGCAGUAAUGUGUUUGAUAUUCUCGUGGGACUCGGGGUUCCCUGGGCGAUGCAAACCAUGUGCGUUAGCUAUGGAUCAGUGGUGAUGAUUAACAGUCGGGGGCUCGUGUACUCGGUGGUGCUUCUGCUGGGCUCUGUGGCCCUCACGGUGCUGGGGAUCCACCUGAACAAGUGGCGACUGGAUUUGAAGCUGGGCGUGUACGUCCUCCUCCUGUACGCUGUUUUCCUCUGCUUCUCUAUCAUGAUAGAAUACAACGUCUUCACUUUUGUCAACCUUCCCAUGUGUAUGGAGGAGUAG